AUGUCGCAACAACGAUAUGAAGAUGGAACACCAUCAUCACCACCACCACCACCAUCCAACGUAUCAAGUUUCCCACUCUCAUCACCAACAUUUUGGACAGAAGCCGCGGCCGUAUCGUUACCUUCACCACCCUCGAUCAGAAUCAAGCGGCAACGAAAUGACCAUCUCAGUUCACCUCAAUCAGAUUAUACCGUGCUUCCCGAACUUGAGCUACAAGGAGUGAAGGACGAGGACGAUGAUGAACGUCAUAAUCUGAAAAAAGGUCGAUUCGAUUCACCUUCAGAAUCAAAUUCAACAACACUAUCGUAUUUACCUAAAAGAAGUGAUUUGAUAGAUUUUAAUGAUCCACAUUCAUAUUUACAGAAUCCUGAAUAUGCACCGAAUAAAUUCGGUGAUAUAGGAGAUUACAUGAGAAAGAAAGAAAUAAAAGUUCAGACACAAAAUCGUGAUAUCGCUUUAGCUGCUGCUAUAGGUGAAGGAGGAUUACCACAAAUAUUCAAAGGUCUAUCAUUUUAUAUAAAUGGUAAUACACAUCCUCCCAUGGAAGAAUUGCGUAAACUGAUUCUACAAAGAGGUGGUGAAGUAAGACCUGUCUUGAGAAAUAAAGGUAUGGUCAAAUUCAUCAUAGCUCCAAUGUUGACUCAAAGUAAAUUCAAACAAUUUCAAAAUUAUAAGGUUGUCACUGAAGGUUGGAUCACCACAAGUUGUGAAAAAGGUAAAUUGUUAGAUUGGACGAAUUGGAAGUUACAAAUCCUAGGUGGAUGGGAACAAAAUAGUAGGAAAGGAAUGGAAGGUUUCUUCAAAAGUCAACAAAACCCAACUCAACAACGAGAGGAAGAGGGAGAAGAGGACGCAAAGGCAGAAGAAGCGAAAGACGAAUUGGGAAAAAUUGAUGAGAUGAUAGCUUCAAAGCCUAAUGUCCCUCGUCACCAAAACGUUGAAAAUGAACCUCGAGCGAAGCUUGAGUCCACUACACCUGCACCUGAAAGACCAGCAAGUCCAAUUCGCUUAUCCUCAAUCACGCAAUCCCUUUUAACUCCUUAUCGUCCACCAACUAUACCUAUAAGUCCCCGUAAAUCACCUUCUUUAGGCCAAACCUCAAAAGCAGAAGGAUCGCCCGCACCUUUACCGGCCAAAAUACAGAAACCAGAAGGAGCAUGGGAAUACUAUCAUUCUACUGAAUCGAACGAAAAUGCAGCUAAAGCUCUGAAGAGUGAUGAAUGGCGAGCUAAAAACACAGCUGAAAGGGGCAAUGAAGGUGGUUUUAUCGAUGGGUAUUACCAGAAUUCCAGAUUACACCACCUUUCGACAUGGAAAUCUGAAUUGAAAGUAUUAGUGGCAGAUGCGCAAAAACGAUCAGAUGAAUUGUCAUUAUCUACUCCUUCAGCAAGUACUAUACCUCUUUUCUCUUUGGCCAACUCGACGUUACCUACUUCACGAACAGGUGUCAGCGGUACAGGAUCAGGAGAAAAAGUGAUAUUUCAUGUUGAUUUCGAUUGUUUUUUCGUUUCUUGUGGACUAGCUACACGACCACAUUUAAAGGGAAAGCCGACUGUAGUAUGUCAUUCUCAAGCUGGAAAAGGGGCUAGCUCCACUUCUGAGAUUGCAAGUUGUUCAUAUGAAGCUAGAGCCAAAGGUGUUAAAAAUGGUAUGUCCCUUGGGAGAGCAAGAACUUUGGUUGGUGAUGAGUUGCAAACUAUCCCGUACGAGUUCGAGACAUACAAGAAAUACUCUUUAGCGUUCUACACUGUUCUCAUGGGAUAUGCAGACGAGCUUCAAGCUGUUUCCGUUGACGAAGCCCUGAUCGACGCUACUAGCGCUGUCAAUGCUAGAGCAAUGGCACCAGAGGAGGCCUCAGAGGAGCAUGAGGAUGUUGUCCUUGAAGAUGAACAGGAAGAAAUGAAUGGUCAUGAUUCGCAAGAGGAAAGUAAAGAGCGGAGAACGAGAACGAUCAGAAGGAACCGAGAUCCGGCGGUGGAAGUGGCUGAGAAGAUACGAGAUGAAGUCCGAAAACUCACUGAUGGGUGUGAAGUAUCGAUCGGUAUAUCACAUAAUAUCCUCUUGGCUAAACUAGCAACUCGAUCAGCUAAACCUGCGGGUGUGGCUCAUCUUCUUCCUGGUGAUAUACCGGAUUUCCUUGCGCCAUUAGACGUAGAAGGUUUUCCUUCAAUUGGAUACUCUAUCAAAUCCAAGAUUGAAGAGAAAUUUGGUUCUACAACAGUCUCUGGAUUACUAGGAGUAAACAAACUAUCCUUUCAACGUGUGUUAGGCCCGAAAACAGGUGGGAUGUUAUUUGAUUAUUUACGUGGGGUAGAUGAGAGGAGAUUGGAACCUGACAAAACUAGGAAAAGCGUUAGUGCUGAAAUGAAUUACGGAAUUCGGUUCAAGAAUCAAGAUCAAGCUGAAAUUUGUAUCAAUGAUUUAGCUGCUGAAGUAGCUAAAAGAAUGAAAAAUGUUAAUGUGAAAGGGAAACAGAUUACUUUGAAACUAAUGAAAAGACAUCCUGAAGCUCCCAUUGAACCUCCCAAAUUCUUAGGUCAUGGAUGGUGUGAAACGUCCAAUCGAUCAGCAACACUUUCAGGACCAAGAGGAGGAGGUCCGACUGAUGAUCCUGAAAUAUUAGGAAAAGAAUGUUUGAGACUUCUCAGAGCCAUGAGAUUGGAUCCAGUCGAGUUAAGAGGUGUAGGAAUACAAGUUACGAAACUAGAUUCAGAAGAAAAGGAUAAAAUCAAAGACAGGGAAACUGGCCAAGGUUUAUUAAGCUUUCAACCGAAAUCGAGACAGAAUCAACCCAAGGCUCCCAAAAUUGAUAAGCCUAUCUCGACAAUGAAAAUCGAUAAGCUUGAGUCAGAAAACUCUGAUUCGUCAAAGAGAGUUUCAGUAUCACCGAUUCAGUUGGAGAUAUCAGAUCAGAUAGAAAUUGUCCACGAUGUGGAAAUGAGUCGAUCACCUUCAGUCGAGGAACCACUUAUAAAUGGAAAAUCACCUUCUCCCGAACCUCAACCUGUAGCGGGACCUUCUCGUUUACCAGUUACAAUCAAACAGGAUGAUGAAGAUAAAGGUAUUGAUCCAUCUUUCCUAGCCGCUCUGCCGGCUUCUUUACAAGAAGAAGUGAAACGUGAUUACUACGCUCAAUCACGCUCUCGUUCUUCCAGAGCUGCAUCUGAACGAGCUCACCCCGUCGAACCGAUCGUAGAAAGUAGUCAAAGAGCAACAACAGUUUCACCCAUGAAAAAACAAAAACAUUCUGCAGCUCACAUAACAAGACAACUGAGACCAAAAGUCAAAACUCAUUUGAAAGCAAAUCAGUUAGCUGAACAACCAUUAUUUAACGCUUGGUCAAAAGCUCAACAACAACAAUCUCCCCAAGAGAUCGUUGAUCUGACAGGAUCAGACCCGAUACCCCCACUCCAUCAAGAUGGGGAAGAAGGUGAUAUCGAUGGAUAUAGAACAUCUGAUUUGAGAGAAUUAGGCUUGGAUAUAGAAGUAUUUCAAGCGCUCCCUGCCGAAAUGAGGAAAGAGGUUUUUGAAGAAGAACAAAGAAAAGCAGGUAGAAGAAAAAUCUUACUUCGACCAGGAACAGGUAAUUUCUCUAGAGGUCCGGAAUCAAUCUCAAGAGGUAGAUCAAUAUCACAUUCUAUAUCACCAUCAAAACAAAGAAUUGGACCUGGAUCAAUUUCGUCUCACAACGGAACUGGAACGAAAGGGAAAGAAUCGAUGAUGCCUUGUAUCAAAAUCAGUAAAUCUUCUAAACCAGCUUUAUUCAAAGCGACCGAACUUGAAGAUAUCCUAAAAGUGAUCGAACAGUGGAUUGAAUCUAGGAAUGGUAAUGGUCCAGCUAAGAAAGAUUCUGUCAAAGUGAAAAAUUGGUUAUUGAAAUCUAUUCAACUCGCGAGUGGUCUGAAAGGAAUAGAAACCGUGGUUGAAGUGCUAAAAUUCAUGCAAAUUGUCUUGAGAGAGAAAUGGCCCUUACAGGAGUCUUUCUCUGCGCCUAGAGCUGGACGAGAGGGGAUCGAAGGGAGAAAUGCCGGAGACUCAGGACGACAAAGACAAGGAAAAGAUGGAGAUGGAGACGGUGAAGGUGAAGGUGAAGUUGAAGGUGACGAAGAAGAGAACAGAGCAGGAAAAGAAUGGUGGGAAACUUGGAAAGAAUAUAAAGAUGAAAUUCAAUUACAAGCGAGAAAAUCUCUAGGUGCGGAAUUGAAAAUAUAA